AUGAUAAUGAACCCUAACAAGAACAAGAAGAAGAUGUCGGCGUUGCUGAUUUCGAAGAUAUUGUCUUCAACGUCCAGAACUGCCCUUAAACUGUUUGAUGUCUUACAAAAUCAAUUUAGCGACGCGGCGAAAAACUGGCUCAUACUUUCGGUGAACGAAGCGAUCGCCCAAAUUCAUGGGAUGGAAAAUUUAUCAUGUCUGGAAGCCAUGAUGAACGCAGCUGUCGUGGGCUGGGAUGAUCUUUACCGAGAAUGGCUUGAACGCGAGAAAAACCUUCGCAGCGAUGUCCAGCGCUACCGAUUUGCGCAAUAUCUCGGCCGGUCGCUACACUACAACUCGUCAGAGAUUCGCACCAAUUCCGCGGCGUUACGUCAAUUCGAUCGCAUGUUGGCGAGCCGUGUAAACAGCAUCAUCAGAGAGAUCCAGGAAACAAGGGCCCGGAACGAAAUUGCCAGCAUCACGGUCUGGGUGAGAUCCCUCAAGGAGGUGAGAGUUAUCCUCUCUUUAAAUUGAACAAAUUAAAAUGACAGUUUAGCAGGUCCUUAGAGCCGGCCGUGAAAAAAUGAGCA